GUCCCGCCGCCUCCUCCUCUCACACCCCUCCCAGCUCGUGCUGGCGGUGAUUUCCUCGCCGUCAGGUGCUGCCUGGUUACCAUCCCAGCAGCUCCAUCAUCAUCUCCUCCUCCUCCUCUAAUCCCCGCACACGGAGCCGGGCGGGAGCGGCGGCCAACAGGAGUUGCUUUGUUGGUGCUGACUUGGCGUUCCCUGCUUCCACUCUGGAGGAGAUGGGUCGCAAGGAAGAGGAUGACAGCAGCUCCUGGAAGAAGCAGACGAGCAACAUCCGAAAGACCUUCAUUUUCAUGGAGGCCCUGGGAUCAGGUGCCUUCUCAGAAGUUUUCCUGGUGAAGCAGAAAAGCACUGGCAAGCUCUUUGCUCUGAAAUGCAUCAAGAAGUCUCCCCUCACCAGGGACAGCAGCUUGGAGAACGAAAUAGCAGUGCUGAAAAAGAUAAAGCACGAAAACAUCGUGACUUUAGAAGAUAUUUAUGAGAGCACAACCCACUUCUACCUGGUCAUGCAGCUGGUGUCUGGGGGAGAGCUCUUCGAUCGGAUUUUGGAGCGAGGUGUUUACACCGAGAAAGAUGCAAGUCUGGUGAUCCACCAGGUGCUGACAGCAGUGAAAUACCUGCAUGAGAAUGGGAUAGUUCACCGAGACCUGAAGCCUGAAAACCUUCUUUACCUGACUCCCGAAGAGAACUCCAAAAUCAUGAUCACGGAUUUUGGCUUGUCUAAAAUGGAGCAGAACGGCAUCAUGUCCACGGCCUGUGGGACUCCAGGAUAUGUGGCCCCCGAGGUCCUCGCCCAGAAGCCCUACAGCAAAGCCGUGGACUGCUGGUCCAUUGGAGUCAUCACUUAUAUCCUGCUCUGUGGGUAUCCCCCUUUCUAUGAAGAGACUGAAUCCAAACUGUUUGAAAAGAUUAAGGAGGGCUACUACGAGUUUGAGUCUCCGUUUUGGGAUGAUAUCUCCGAGUCAGGUAAAGCUCUUCAAGCCUUCAACGCCGCAGCCGUCGUUCACCACAUGAAGAAGCUCCACAUGAGCGGCCACGCGGCGGCCGAGAGCCCCGCGCCCGCCACGCCCGGCCCGGGGGCCUCCACGCCCAGCACGCCCUUGGUGGCCACCCCGCCAGCAGCUCCGAGCAAAGACAAGGACACAGCACUCCCUGAGGUCCCCACGCAGGGCUGUGCAAACCCUCAGCUGGAGCAAGACACGGGAACGGGAGAGGAGGAGCUGGGAAGCCACCCGGAGAAGGGAGCGUUGCCCGCGGGCAGCAGCCUGGUCCUGCCGGACAACAACCACAGCCCUCCAGGCAGAACCUCCUGUGGCUGCAGCCCGGCCUGUGUGGGGCACGAGAAGACAAAGACAUCCUUCUGCUCCGAGCCGGUGCUGCUGAAAAAACCUUCCAAGUCCCAUCAUUUCAAAACAGAAGUUCUUGUUCCAAUGAAGACCAGUAAACACUCCUCUCACUGUGGCACUGGGCAAACUGGAGUUUGUUUGAUCAUGUGAUGGAGGCAGCUGCCGGGCUCUCCACAUCACCAGUGAAACAGAAGGGCUGUUUUACUCUUUUCUGCACUUCAAAGCCAGACAUCACCAGUGCAAGCAAAGAAAGGAGGCUGUGUCCCACCAGCAGCUCUCACAGAGCAGUGACCAGCUGGGGACAGCAGCACAAGUCCCAGGAAUCCAUCACUGCAGUGACCUCGGGGUGUUUCUGGAUCAUUAGAGCUGGGAGAAGGCAAGGGAAAGGCUGAGGGUCCUGCUGGCAUAUCCAGUGUAUAUUAUCCAUAUGGCAUCGCUCAUGCUACAGGCUUUUGUUUUCCUGUUUAGUUGUCCAAGGCAUAAGUGCACUGCACAACACCAACCCUCCAAACCAAAGCCAUGCAGAGCUUUACCCAGUGGCAGGGCAGUUAUUUUUACAAUCUUCACCCUCUCCACUCCUCGGGGUUUGGUUAGUCCCAGGCUUUGGCACUCUGGAGUUCAGCAUUUCCCAGCUGCCCACUCAGGCUGCUCAGCUCCCACCACAGCCAUAAGAGGAGAGAGAACCUGCUAGAAACCUCCGUGUGUCUGAUGAGAACACAGCAAGGUCUGAGUCCCCUGCUUCCGAGCCUGUAAUUGCACAAUAAAUACUUGCUUAAUA